AUGGCGGGGGACACCCGGGAGUCACUGCAGCCCAGCUGUGGUGGUGCACAAUGCCCAGCAGCUGCACUGGACCUGGCCGUGAUGGAGGAGGGUGCCCGGGAGUCACUUGUCAGCGGUUCCCAGUAUGAACUGAAGGACAACCCAGGCGUCCACCCUGCCACUUUUGGUGCUCACACCACCCCUGGUUAUUACCCGUAUGGACAGUUCCAAUAUGGUGACCCUGGAAGGCCCAAGAAUGCGACCCGGGAGAGCACCAGCACGCUGAAGGCCUGGUUGAACGAGCACCGCAAGAACCCCUACCCGACCAAGGGCGAGAAGAUCAUGCUGGCCAUCAUCACCAAGAUGACCCUCACGCAGGUCUCCACCUGGUUCGCCAACGCCCGCCGCCGACUCAAGAAGGAGAACAAGGUGACGUGGGGGUCGCGGAGCAAAGAUCAAGAGGAUGGGAACCUCUUCGGGAGUGACAACGAGGGGGAUCCUGAGAAGAACGAAGACGACGAAGAGAUAGACCUGGAAAGUAUUGACAUUGACACAGGGUCAGAAGGCCUCCUAGCCAUCAUUACCCACUAG